GAGCCACACUUCCGGGGGGCUGGACCUGACGUUGCCUGGGAACGAGGCCGGGCGCGCAUUGGCCCGCCGGCCUCCGGAAGUUGCGUGUGCAGACCCCGUCCCGGAAGUGAAGCCGCCCGGCCCAGCGUCUCCAAUUCUCCGGCGCCGCAGCCCUGCCGCGCCUCGGCCCAUGGCCACAUACCCGUACCGCCCGGGCCCCGGGGCCGGGCCCGCCAACGCCGCCGCGCUGCCCGACCAGAGCUUUCUGUGGAACGUCUUCCAGAGGGUGGACAAGGACAGGAGCGGUGUCAUCUCGGAUAACGAGCUCCAGCAGGCCCUGUCCAAUGGCACAUGGACACCGUUCAACCCCGUGACCGUGAGGUCCAUCAUAUCCAUGUUUGACCGAGAGAACAAGGCCGGUGUGAACUUCAGCGAGUUCACGGGCGUGUGGAAGUACAUCACAGACUGGCAGAACGUUUUCCGCACCUACGACCGGGACAACUCUGGCAUGAUCGACAAGAACGAGCUCAAGCAAGCGCUGUCAGGUUUCGGGUACCGGCUCUCUGACCAGUUUCACGACAUUCUCAUUCGAAAGUUUGACAGACAAGGACGGGGCCAGAUUGCUUUUGAUGAUUUCAUCCAGGGUUGCAUCGUUCUGCAGAGGUUGACAGAUAUAUUCAGGCGCUAUGACACAGACCAAGAUGGCUGGAUCCAGGUGUCCUACGAGCAGUAUCUCUCUAUGGUCUUCACCAUCGUGUAGCAUCUGCCUUGCAAAUAGCAGCAUGAAUCAUGGAAAAAAAAGACUGGAAAUGCCAAAUCUCUACCUUUAACAGAGCAGAGCACGGAUGCAAUUAGAUGCUGUUGUUCUUUAGAUUUUAUAUGAUUAAUAUUUUGGGGAACCAAUUGUACAUAUGUGGAUAAGCUGAUUGUUUUUGCAGUUGUAACAAUAGUUCUAUCAUUCAGAUACAAAUGUAGUUUAUGACUCUUUACUAGUGCCAUGAGGUAAGAGAUAAUAAUGUUUCAGCUAUUCUGCAUGCUCAGAAAUCAUGUGCUUUUUAAGACUUUCUCUCCUGGAGUCCAGAUACUCAGGGACCUGGGAAUUUGCACACUUUCAUGUGCCUUACUUUUUUAAAGGGGCUGUUGUAUUCAUUUGCAUAUGUACUGUCGCAAUAAAGCUGAUGCGCCCCAGA